ACUGGAUUUACGAGUUUUACAACUGGAAUACAAUGAAAAUGAUGGACGGACGAAUAUACGCUCUCUGUGUGCUAACUUUAAUAGUUUUCAAGAUCUCAUUUACAAGCUCCGAGACAGUAGAAUCAGAUGGACCUAUUGAUACUCCUUCAGAUUUAGAUUCACGUUUACGCGGAAUAAACACAUUGUACGACUUUCUUCCUGCAGACGCAGACGACAUUGAAAGAAUGGACAAAAGAAGGUCGUUGUUUCGUUUUGGAAAACGCCGAUCUUUGUUUCGUUUUGGCAAACGUGGAAGCAUUUUACGAUUUGGAAAGCGCAACGUGCCGUACGAUGUAGAGGAUUUUGAUAUAAACGAGUAUAACCCAUCCGAUUUCUAUGCUUUUAACGAAGAUCCCAGGGCUGAAGCCUUACCUCUUUCAGACAAAAGAAGUUCACUGUUUCGGUUUGGUAAAAAGUCAAGGGACACUGAAGGCCUUUAUGAAAGAAACGCUGAAAAGGACAAGAAACCCCACGUGCCAUGGAGAUUUGGCAGAUUUCUGGAAAGACCAUUUAAAUUUGAAAAGCAAUAAAGUGUAAUAUUAAUUCAUUAUGAUUUAAAAUAAAUCACAUUAAUAGUAAUUAAUUCAAAAUCAAUUCAAUUCAAUUUCAAAUGUAUCACAUAAUAUUUACGUAUAAUAAAUUAAAAGUAAAUUCCAUUACUAAACAGAAGUAAGAUAAUCAUCUUUAAAAUAACAUAUAAUCAUACAUUUAAUUAUCGGAGUUUGCAGAUUCUGUGCUUGUGUUGGCCAAAUUUAUCAAUGCCCAAUGAACUUAUUAAUUAAGGGAAAAAUACUUGUACUUUAUAUUUAGAAAUCUUUAUAAAUGAUAUAUUAACGAUUACAAUAAAUGUCAUUUUGAUGCUUGAAUAUAGUUGCAAAGACUCCAAACGAAAACUGACAAAUCCAUAUUGCAUAUUUUCUUUCGGGUUUAAAAUGUGCUUGACGUGUUUCCAGCGCAGAGAGAAACAUAUAUUUAUAAUUUGAUUGUUCUAUUUCAACACGUGAUUGUUUUAUGG